AUGGAGGUUGUUGUUUGGUUUGUUGUUACUUACGGAGGAUUAUGUUGGGAUUUGAACUUUCUGGAUGGGAGGUUCUGCCGAAUUUUCGGUAGGAUUUCGCUUAAAGUGGGCCCCGCAGGCUCGUAUCCAGGUUUCGGGGCGAUUCCUGGGUCGGGUCCUGUCAUUGAUGCCUGGAAACAUUGUGAGUUUCUCUGCAGGAACUAUAUUCUCAAUGGUCUGGAUGAUACUUUGUAUGAUGUAUAUUGGUCAUACACCACUGCAAAGGAACUCUGGAAUUCUUUGGAGAAAAAAUACAAAGUUGAUGACGCAGGUUCAAAGAAGUUCAUUAUUGGAAAAUUUUUGAACUAUAAGAUGGUGGAUAGCAAGACUGUUGUUAGUCAAGUUGAUGAACUCCAGGUGAUUAUUCAUGAACUUCAUGCUGAAGGUAUGGUGAUUAAUGAAAGCUUUCAAGUUGGUUCUGUUAUAGAAAAAUUACCACCUUCUUGGAAGGAUUUCAAAGUGCAUUUGAAGCACAAGAAGAGCGAAAUGACCAUGGAGGAUCUGGUUUUGAAACUACGAGUUCAAGAAGACCACCUGAAAAGUGAGAAGCAACCCGAUGGAUCUGUCAUCGAAGCCAAAGCAAAUAUGGUUGAGGGAGAAACUUCCAAACCAAAAUUCAAAGGUCAGAAAUUCAAAGGCAAUAAACAUGAUGUCAAAUAUGCAACAAAGACCAAGAAUUUCAAUAAAAUUAAAGGUAGUUGCUGGGUGUGUGGAAAGCCUGGACACAAGGCAUAAGAAUGUCGCCACAAGAAAGAUGCACCUGUUGCCUUUAGGAACAACAACAACAACAACAACAAUAACCAAGCAAAUGUGGUUGUGGCUAUGGAGGAUUUUGUGGCUGUUGUUUCUGAAGUUAACUUGGUGAAUGACAAUAAGGACU